AGCAUCGGUCCCUUUCCCUGUUAAUCCAGCCGGCUUGUGCCUCUGUGCAUUGCUGUACUUUUGCAAUUUGAUGAAUUCCCAAUGGAUGGGAGAACACAUCACAUUUUAAAGCAGUAACUUGGGACUCUUUGGACUUACCGCCAGUGGGAGCUUCACAUCAGAGCCUCUGGUUCAAAGGUGGAACUCAGCUCCACGACACUUGUGGAACAAAUGAUGAAGUCCCAACGAGGCAAGGCAACCAUGCUGCUGUCCAUCGCUCUCUGCCUCAGCCUAGCCCCUAUGUGUUUCGGAGCUGCAAUUUCUGUUUCAUGUAAUUCCAUCUACAAGAGUUUUGCUCAGUGUUUACUCACACUUGGAGACAGUUUGGUCGAAACACAAAAGGACCAGAGCACACAGGACAUUGAUGCAAUCUGCAGGUCCUGGAAUGCUUUCCAUGUUUGUGCCAACUCAGCCUUGGUCGGCUGCCCUGGAGAUGCAGCAGCCGUCUGGGAGUCUUUAAGACAAGAGUCCAGGAAGACACAGUUCUCUGGAAACCUCUAUGACAUGUGUGCCAGCCGCACCACCUUCCCACCCAGCACUGUGCCUACACCCCAGAGCCCUCCCACCUCUGACCAGACCAACCAGGAAACACUGAAAGGGCAAACAAACCAGCACAGUCCCACCUUCAGCACACUGAUGUUCCCUGUAUGCAGCACGUUACUACUGCUGCUCAGGAGUUAGUUAACCCAUCUAAGUCUUUUAAUCAGACAGGUCGUCAGUGUCCUCCUCCCCCCCAUAUGAUCCAAACACAUGAGGGAGAACACUAUUCACGCUCAAUCAGGCUCAUCAUGAUUACAUAUUGGUCCUAAAAUAAGGAGUUAAAUACUGGAUCAAAAUGAAACAUUUGGUUCAGUGUUUCUUACCUAGAGCAUUUAGGCAUUAAAUAAAUAAUGUUGAGAUCAUCACAUACCUUGCAAGUUACUUUCAUAUUUAAAUGAAGCACACUGGUAGCUGUCAACUAAACUGUGUGGAUGAUUGAUUGUGAUUCAAUUCAUAUUUUGUGCUUUUGUUUGGUCUUAUUUUAGAGGUUGGAGUAAGAAACAGUUAAUGUAGGGAGAGAAGAAAAAGACAACUCACUGAGAUCACUUAUCCAAAAGACAAAUCUCAGAAAAUUUGAGCAAACAUGUGUUGUAAAGACUUUUUUUUAUCACUACUGUGUCCGUAAUACUGCAUGAAAUUGUUUUUCAGGACAAAAGAGAUUUUAAGGGAUGCCAGGUGUUCAGAUGAGCUUGUGAUCCAAUCAGGUGUGAUCCAGAGUAGAGAAUUCUUACAGGGUGUGCAUCUGUGUUUGUGUGCAGUUUAAUUUAUCACCUUGUUUGACCAGUUUAACAUCACACAAUUUCAAAUAAGAUUUCUGUGUGGGAGCAUCACACAAUUGCAUUGCAAAUAGUGUGUGCAUGAUUUUGCAAAAUGACAUCACUUGUUUACACUGUCAUUUCAUUGGCCCCCUUGCAGUGGUUUUCCGUUGCUUCUUUAAUAUGUUGCUUUUUCUUUUCUGAACUGUUAUGUGCACUAAUGUUUCACUUCAAUCAAUUUAAUAACUUUAUGCAUCCCCUGUUUGGCAAUUAAAAUGAUACGUAACAGAGCACACACACAAUAAAACACAUGGGAAUUAAUACAAAAUAAUACAAAAUAAUCACAAAGUACAAGUGCAAGGGCAUCCUAUUAAAGAGGGAGAAAUUGUUCUCCAAGUUCCAUCCUUUUAACAUUAACGGUUGCUGUAAUGUUAUUUAAUGUUGUACAACUUUUCAUUGAUAAUGAGCUGUUAUGAAAUCAUCAACUGCAUUUUAUUCACUGUUUUUCACAUUACCAAUGUAUUUACUGUAUUAUAUUCUGUUUUUUGUUAUUUGCAGUAUUUUAUUUUCUCACAGCAGUUCAGAGUGGUACAUGCCUCUUUGUUUCACUUUGAUUUUUAACCCAACAAAAAACCUUAAAUUAAAAGAAUGCUGACAAACACAAUGCAGUUAUUUUUCUUUCCGCAACUGUUGCUUUUAAUGGGUUUUUGUGUCAGGUGUGUGUGUGUGUGUGUGUAAUCUUAAUACUCUUAAACUGUUUCAUAACAGCAGAAUGAUGAGCAGAUUAAUCUUAUUCGUCUACAGCGUAGCAGGUUGCAUCUCGAAACCCUUGAAAACAGUCUUUGUGCCUUCAGAGCAUGGAGCAUAAAUACUCUGACUGGAAAGUGAAUGAUGAUCGGUUGUGUGGCGUAUCGCUGUGUCAGCAUUGUCAUGAAGUAAGACUUGAUUGAACAUGACGAGGCCAGGUAUGGCAUUCAAAGGUCAGAGGUGAUAACUUCAUAACUUCAUUUCUGCAGCAUGUGGAAUUUAAGAAGUUAUUGCUGCGGUCACUGAAACCUUAGGUGGACAUCCUGCUUUAUAUUCUGCAUAAAGGCUCAUGUGUUACACUGAUUAAAUGCCACCAUGCAGCCUCUGUAACCCAAA